AAUGACAUAAUAUAAACUUUCAUCGUCAAAUCUAUUUAGUGUGACUGUCUCUGGUGCUUUAUGUCCUUUUGCUAUGUCUGGCUAUGCUUGUUUUUCUUUCUAUCUGCGGUACUCAGGUCUCUCUAGAGAUCUUGAUCCCAAUGAUAUGACCUGAUUAAAUAAAGGUUGUGGCCUAUACGAGGGAAUACCUUGUGGAGGAACGGCAUUCAUUGGAGCACUGAAGCUAUUCUGGAGGCUCGUGGUGGCCUAAAUCCAUAGUAAGACACUUCAUGUUGGUUUUUUCAUUCUUUCAUUUGUCACCCAUCUGUAUAUAUACACAGUAUAUUGUAGCAGUAUAGUAUUUUCAAUUUGCGCAAAGCCUGAGCACUAUUCCUUCACUCAUCCCCACUUCUCGCGAGAGUUUGAGAUUACGUUUGCGGAAGUUUACAUUCCGUUUGGAAAAACGUGUUGCUCUUGGCAGCCGUGAGAACAGCCGGUUGCGGGGUCUCUUUAGCUCACUUUUCCCUGGCAGUGUAGUAGCUCCCUACAAUGUAUUCCGUUUUAAUUAACGCGGUCUUGUCCAGCUCGCCUGAUUAUGACCUUUUGUUUGAGUCUCUGUCCUGGCCGAGUGACUCAUGGCCGGGGACGGAGCGGGUGGAGGCGCUGACAGCUUUCAUUGAAGGACUCGGACCACUUUUGGCCGACUCGGACACGGCUCCGUUUUCAGCUACGAAAAGACGAUCUAUUAAAGAUAAAAUCGACUGGGUGAUUUGGACCCAGUGUCUGCCUUUCCUCUCCAGAAUAUCAGCCGAAGCCGGUGAAGACAUGCGGUGCAGGGAGAGUACCGCUGCUGCCUGCAGACUUGUGAGUGUCUGUGUCCCUCUAUGUGACGAGGCUGUACCGGGGCGGGUAGCUCUGUCUGUCCUGCCGUCGCUCCAGCUUCCGGAGGAGGAGGUGUUCGGUCCGGGACGACUCAGUGUGGAGGUUGCCAGUGAAGUCAUGGCUGCUCUUAUCCCUUCUCUGUCAGCGGAUGAACAGCUCACACUCACCACCCUGUCAUGUGCCUUGUCCUGCAUCAAAACACUCCCUGAUGCAUUGGUGUCCAAAAUCACAGUCAGGCUUGUCUUAACUCUGCUGAACAGCUGCAGCGGUACGAAGUUAAGAAGCAUCCUCAAGUUGAUCCUGGAUGAUCUGUGUAGCUGGCACUCCACUGACCGCACACCUGUGGUUACAGAGCGGGCACUGCUGUGUUUAACCGCCCUGUCAGACCACCUGCUGAAACCUCACAGUCUCCCCUCCAACUCCCCCCCCCCCUCCUCCUCGUCUUCCUCCUCCUCCUCCUGUCAGCCCGACCCUCGUUUGUCCCUCCAGUUCUGGAGGAUGGUUCAGGAUGGACUGACGCACAAGGACAGCGUGUCACGUAAGAGGGCGUUGUACCUGCUGAAAAAGUGCGUGGCCCUGUCAGAGGAGGAAGGGGUGCACUGUCCUCUCUCUCCAUCAGGGGAAGAUGAGCUGUUGUUCAAAUGGGCCCCUAACCGGAGCAAGCUGCUUAGAGAGUUCUGGGAGGAUUACGCGCUGGUGAUGGAGACCCUGGAAGAAAACCAGAUUCAUGUCGUCCGGCCAGUUCUAAACAGAAUAGACACGUUGAUCCAAACAACAGUGAAUGAUAGUCAAGCUUCAGGUCAAGGCCUCUUCCACCCCACCUGGCUGCUAUGUGUGUACCAGCGGAUGUUCCACAGUGAGAAUAAAUCCUUAAUGAGAGAGGGAGUGUGUCAUCUGCUCGAGCUGCAGGUCCUCCAGCAGCCAGCCUUUGCUUUGGCCUUUUCUCAGUUCGUCGUUGGCCCUUUUAUGGAUGUUCUGUCUGAAACUUCGCUCUUCCACAGAUCAGUUGGGCAGAGUGUAGGAGAUUGUCCUGAGCUUGGGGCUAAACUCCAAGUCUUCAUGGCCACCUUCUUCAGUAGCCUGCCGUCAGAGCAUAGAGGCUGUAUGUUGCUGCACAUGAUUCAGCAGCUGUGCUCUAAGCACUGGUGUGCGGUGCCCCUCCUCUUCCUCUCCCAGGCUCUAUCCAAACUUCCCCCAGGUCCAAUGCUGGGGAUCGACGGGCUCACUGCACUUAGGGAGGUGCUGCGCUGCACCAUGAUCACUCAUCAAGUCCUGCUGAGAGGUGCUGCUCAGUGCUUCCUGUUGAAUAGCGCCUUCCGUCUCACUGAAGUGAGCGCAGUGACCCUAGAUGAUGUUUUUAGUUUCCUGAUGGAUUUUCGUGCAGAAGAGUCACUGUGUAGAGGGACUCAGAUCUGGAAUCAGUCGUGUGCCUGGCUAUUGGACAAUGAAGGCAGUUUCAAGCCCAGGAUUAUGGAUGGAGAUUGUGCUGGUGCUGCCACAAGGAGAGAGACUGUAAGAGGCUAUGUUCAAAGCCAGAUACACACCUAUCUCCGAGUCCCAGUUAGCACAGGUCACACUGAGAGGUUACCGGACCCCAGAGAGGCUGAUAAGUUGGCCAGGGCCAUUCUGCUGUGUGUGGACAUGGAGAGGAAUCAACUCGGAGCAGAGAUCUGUAACACUCUGGAGUCAUUACUGUCUCCGCUGCUGGACACCCUGAGCAGAGUCAGCACCAAUAUCUACUUGCCUCUGCGUAAGAGUGACAAGAGCCUGCAGCUUGUGCUCCGACUGUUCCAGCUUGGAGGAAUACCAAGAUGUCAGCAUUUUGGAGAGGAGCGAGUGGAUAACGUGAUGGUGGCCAUGGAGAAGCUAAUUUUUAAAGUUGUCGAUCCAAUCCAGGAGUUUAUCUUGAGGCAGCUGUUUGGGGAGCUGCAGGAGCUGUGUGAUGUGGAGCGGGCAGAGCUGUAUCUGUGUGUCCUGAGGCAGCUGGUGGUCAUGUACAGCUCUACACCACAGUGCCACAAUAAAAUUCAGCAGACCUAUUUCCCUAAACUCAUCAAGUACAGCCUCAAGGUCCUCCAAGAACGAAGCCAGCAGAUCCACUCUGUGGCGAACCAGGUGGCUAGAGCGGUUGCUAUGGCAUCCCUAGCUACGGUAUGUGGUCUUAUGGAGCAGGAGGUGACUGGCAUGCAAUCAGAGACCAUUUCUGUACUGAAAUCACUGAAUGACUACUUCUACAAUUCAGUGUCAUCUUCCUCCCAAAGUCUGUUCUCUCUGGGAAACUUCAAUAAACGCCUGCAAAAACCACAGACAGGAGACGGUUCAAGUGAUUUGCAGGGUCCUCUGCUGCAGGACUGGGGACGCAUUGCUGCCAAUUUUAUGCGGGACCAGUGGAUUUGUCUGAGCUUCCUGAUUAGGGCUGUCGGGAUUCCCGAGUCUGUAGAGAUUUCCAGAGCGUCCAACGCUCUCAAGGCUGCUCUGAGCUGCAGUGUGGAGGCCCUGGCUCUGCUGCCUAGUGACCUGGUGCUGCCUGUGCUCACCUUUAUGGAGACAGUGCUGCCACAAUUACUACUUUAUGAGGAGGCCCUCUGUGUGGAGGCUGUGACUCUGAGCUGGCAGCUGGUGCAGGGGCUGAGCAACAACGCUCAUGACUUCUGGCCGGCCCUGAAAGGCUUCAUCUCCGUGGCCUUCCACCAUAAACUGCUCGAACUGACAGACACUCAUGCUCCGACACUGAUGGCCACCUUGAAACAGAUUGCCAUUGAGCUGAUGGAGCUGUCUCAGUCAAAGAGUGGAGUGUUCGGCGUGCUGCUUCAACACUGCUGUCAGACGUGGCUGCCCACAGGCCGAGGCAGCAAUGACACGGCUGACAUUGUGUUUUCUAGUGUUUUCAGCCACAUCAAUAUACUCACUGAGGCUUGUGUCUAUGGACCAGUGUUCAGAAGAGAUCAACGGCUCAUCCAGGAUGUCCAAACAUAUGUGGAGCAACUCGGUGAAGAGUGUGCUGCCAAUGUCGCAAUUACAAGUGAUAACAGGGACGAUCAGUUGCCCCGCACAUGUGUACUGGCUUUCCUCAGUCGCCUGGAUUCCUCUAAUCUGCAGCAUGAAAGACUGAUAGAGGAACUAGUUAUGGAUUUGGUGAAAAGGGAUAAUGAAAUAUCAAAGUCAAAAGUGCGUUACUAUAGCAACUCCCUGCAACAUCGUGUCAAAAACAGAGUAUGGCAAACACUUCUGCUUUUGUUGCCCAAACUCAGAGAGGAGUUUGUUGCCACUUUGCUGAACAGUGUGUUUGAAGCUGGCUUCUGCAGUAACCAGGCCUCAGUCAAAUACCUGAUCGAGUGGAUGAUGAUUCUGAUCCUCGUCCACUAUCCACAACACAUAGACAGCUUUUGGGCCUGCUUCAACAUGGAUCAUGAAAAGACAAAGACAAGCAGUUGCACCUUCCUGUCAGUCCUGGUACAUUUCGAUGUCAUCAUUCCUAAUCUUAAGAAUAAGGCUGUGCAGUUGCGUAAAGCGCUGGACAUUAUCCUGCAGUGGUGUUUCAACCAUAACUUCAGCGUGCGCCUGUAUGCGUUACUGGCCCUGAAGAGGGUGUGGAACUUGGCUGAAGUCCAGGCGGAGGAAGGGGCCGAUGGUUUAGGAGGGCUGUCCACUGUGAUCAAGGCCUGUCUGAACCAGGCUGAGGCCAUGCAGAGCACUGGAAAUGCCAACAAGAACUGGAUGAGGAUUCAGGAGCACUUCUUCUUUGGUGCCUUUGAUCCUAUCAGGGAUUACAGUGUUGAGACCAUAUUCUAUACUUUUCCCAGUCUGUCAGAGUUGGCCGAUGAUGAGUGGAUUCCACCCUGGAAGUUUGAGAAACUGUCAUGUUUUUCUGAAAGUCCAUCUUUUCCUUUGAGAAAUCCUGCUCCUGACCUGAGCCAGCUCCAGCCUGGAGACUGGAUCCAGCAAGACAAAAGUGAGCAGAGUAAGGAGGACCGCUGGGCCGAGGUGCAGAAGAAGAUCACUCCCUGGAGGCUGGGGAUCCAGGAGCAGGAGCCUGAACUUCAGCUGGUUCCACAACAGAGGGCUGCUCGACUGGGCAAACUGCAUGGCGCCCUGCUGGUGGUAGCCUCACUUAUUGACAAGCCCACCAAUUUAGGAGGUCUGUGCAGGACCUGUGAGAUCUUUGGUGCCAGCGCUCUGGUUCUGGAUAGCCUCCGCCAUGUCAGCGACAAACACUUUCAGUCCCUGAGCGUCUCGUCUGAGCUGUGGCUUCCUCUGUUAGAGGUGAAGCCAAUGGAGCUCAUUGACUUCCUGCAGGUAAAGAAGAGUGAAGGGUACUGUAUUGUUGGAGUGGAGCAGACAGCCAACAGUCAGAGCCUCCAGGACUACCAGUUCCCUGAGAAGACCCUGCUCCUUCUGGGCAAUGAACGAGAAGGUAUUCCUGCCAAUUUACUCCAGAUGUUUGACGUGUGUGUGGAGAUCCCUCAACAAGGGGUCAUCCGUUCACUCAACGUGCAUGUGAGCGCUGCCCUGCUGAUUUGGGAAUAUACACGGCAACAUCUCACCUCUGGCUCAGCUGAAGUCAACUCAAAACGCAGCUGAAGAAGAAAGCAGCAGUGCAGUCCCAUGGACAUGACAUCUGGUGUCCAGAUGUUGACCUUACUUGCUCCUCUCUGGUAGCAGGUGUGUAAAGUGUUGCGGGACAGCUACUGUACAUGAAGCUGCUAGGAAUUUCAUGUUCUGUCUUUAUAGGACGCUAUCCUUUCAGGUUUUAAUGUACUCAGCAGUCAUCAGUACUGUUCUUGUGCCUUUUAAUGAGAGUCAUAAAUAGAGAUUGGUUCUGGUUAUUACAUCUAAAUAUUCCACUGGGCAUGCUGUUAUAUUAAUGGAGGCAAUCUCUGUGUCGGCAGAGCAGAAGCAUAAAUGGAAUUUUUCCCCUUUGAGGAGGAAGUAUCUUGUUUAUGUGAGCAAUUAGUUUUUGCCUUUUGCCAAUUAGUUUUUGCCUAGUCCAGGACUGGACUAUAAUGUCCAUACCCAUGAAACUGUUAUACAUGCUAUAUAAAUGCUGCUUUUGUUGAUAGGCAUAAUUUAAUGUGUUCCCAAUUUUUUUAUUGCAUAAAUGUUUUUUGAAACUGUUGAAUAAAUAAAACUUUGACAUUAGUAUCCA